UUGCAGGAUGGCUUCAUCAGAAGUAUCAUCGCAAGCAUCAAAGACUAUAAAUAUUGAUGAAAUCAAUGAAUGUUAUAGUAAACUGGAUUUGGACUUCAAAAGCACAAAAACUGCCUUCAGAGGAAAAAAAACGAGUGAAUUAUUCCGUAGCCUUAUUGUACUUCCUCUUUGUACAGUACAAACAUUAAGGAAAAGAGAACAAGUGCUAUUGGUUGGAUUGAAAAAAGUAUUUGGUGAAAAAUUUUAUGCAAAAGUCUUAAAGUUAACGUUUUUUGGACAAUUUGUUGGCGGUGAAACGAUAAGUGAAGUGCAAGAGACAAUGAAAAGGCUUAAGAAGUGUGGAGUGAAAUCAAUCUUGGACUAUUGCGUUGAGUCAGAUAUUUCUUCGGAUGAAGCUGAAAGGAAAGCUGUAGAGGGAAUAGUCGGAGGUGAAGCCAGAAUGGGGCCGGUAGAAAGUGUUGUUGACAGAGCAACAGUGGAAAAAACACGACAACGUUAUACGGUCCACAAAGAAUUUGGUGAUCGCCGUAAAGACGUUGUUAGCGCCAGAACUUACUUUUACGAAAGUGAAGUCCAAUGCGAUAAGAACUGUGAUAUUUUUUGUGCGAGUGUGGAUGCGAUAACUUCGGCAAUCGGCAGUUCUGGAAUUAAUUGUAUCAAAUUAACAGCUCUCGGAAGACCGCAGUUGCUUCUGAAAUUAUCGGAAUUAAUAGCACAAUCGAAUAAUUUUUACAAAACAUUGAUUGGCUCAUCCUGGGAGGAUCUUCUUCCCAAUAAAAUCAAAAAAGAAGAAUUUUUGAAGAGGAUUAAGGAUCGCGGUGUUCAAAUAGAUGAAGAUAUGAUGCAGAAAUGGUUAAAAACAGUGGAUUUUGACGAGAGUGGCUUCGUUGACUUUUACGAUUGGCAUAAACUCAUCGAAGAACACGAACGGCUCGACCAAAUAUUUCAGGUGUAUAAUGUUAAAACGAAGAAGAUGGAACCAUUAUUGAAUUGCUUGACAGAGUCUGAAACUCAAGAAACUGCUAAUAUGAUGGAUCGUAUUGUGCGAACAAUCGAGUAUGGGAAAAAGCAUAAUUUACGUACAAUGAUUGAUGCUGAGCAGACUUAUUUUCAAGCGGCUAUUUCGAGAUUAGCAAUGGCAAUGAUGAGGAAGUACAACAAAGAAUACGCUUUAGUUUUUAGCACUUACCAAGCAUAUUUGAAGAGUUGCUUAAGAGACAUUGAACUGGAUUUACAUUUGGCUAGACGAGAAGGUUUCCAUUUUGGAUGUAAAGUUGUCCGUGGUGCAUAUAUAGAACAAGAAAGGAAACGUGCUGCUGCUCUAAAUUACGAUGAUCCAAUCAAUCCAAAUAUUGAAGCAACUGCAGCGAUGUACGGAGAGGUGAUGAAAAGAAUAAUCAAGGAAAGUCAGGAAAGAAGUCCGGGAAGUAUAUCGGUAAUGGCUGCGACGCAUAAUGAACAAAGCACUAAACAGGUUAUUGAAAUGAUGCAUGAAGCUAAGAUAUCACCUUCCAGUGGAACCGUCUCUUUUGCUCAGCUUUAUGGAAUGUGCGAUCAGAUUUCAUAUUCACUCGGAAAUGCUGGCUAUUCAGUGUACAAAUAUGUGCCUUAUGGGCCAAUCGACAAAGUUCUACCUUAUCUUUCUCGCAGGGCACAAGAAAAUGCUUCUGUCUUGGGCAAGAUUAGAAGGGAAGUCCGUUUAAUGUCCCGAGAAUUGAUACGAAGGACUUUUACUCUCAAUGGAAGACUCGGUUAAUCAAAGGGUAUAAAUUAUUGGGGUACGUAUUCAAAUCACUUUGAAGCCGCAAUUAAAAUAAUGAAGCUUAUGCAUAAUUACGACUAAGAUUUGUUAUCCUUCAUUACCUUUGUUUCCAAGCUGUGUUAUGUAAUUGUGUAUUUCCAUUAUAUUAAAUAAGAUUUGGAAAGGACCUAAAUGCCUGAAGCAGUUACAGAAAAGAACUUGCUUGCGUUAUCCUUUAUCUGCUGACCAAUGUUUCCUCGGCCAAGUCCUGUUAUUUAAGAAUUAUGAAUAAGAAAUUUUCCGCCGCAUUAACUCUCGAAGUAUG